UGGUUGGGGUGGUUGGAUACCGACGAGGGAGAGUACGGGAAUCCAUGCCACCACAAAAAGUUCUCGAUUGUGGAUUUGUGGCCCGAAAUAUGCCCCACGAAACAUCAUUAUAACUUUCGGUCACAUCAUAGCCAGCAAAAAUUAUUUACGAAAAUGAAACAAUAUUUUUCACCUUUAUACACACAAACACAAGUUUUUCCUUUUAAACAAAUCUUUAAAAUUAUGAUUCAUUAUUAACUUCUACAUUUGUAACGUAUAAAAAACUAUAUUUUCUACCAAAGUUCCAACUGUAAACCAGAAGGAACAUAUAGGGACAUAUCACCUACUUAAAAUAAAAAAAAAACAAACCGAGUAUGCCAUAACAUAAUAUUCCUUCAUAUCCCCUAAUUUCUAAUGCUUUCCUGCUGUCACACAAACCCUCUCUCGUUUCAAAAGUAUAAAACCCCACAAAAACCUCGAUUUCUAUACACCGCUAUCAACCACCAUGUCCGCCGCCGGUGCAUCCUUUCUCUUCCUCCUCCUUUCCACCGUCGCCGCCGCCUCCUCCAUCACCACUCUCUCAUCUGAUAUCGCCGCUCUGAAAGCCAUUAAAUCAUCCAUCAAACCCACCACUAUACCUUCCUACACUUGUUUACACUCAUGGGACUUCACCUCCGACCCUUGUUCUCCGCCACGUGUAACUCAUUUUCUUUGUGGAGUAACCUGCUCCGGCAACCGAGUCACUCAACUCACCCUUGAUCCCGCCGGUUACGUCGGAACUCUCUCCCCACUCGUUUCUCAACUCACCCAACUCAUCACCAUCGAUCUCACCGACAACAAAUUCUCCGGCCCGAUUCCAAGUUCUCUUUUCUUUCUUCCGAACUUGCAAACACUCAACCUCGGGUCCAAUUCGUUCUCCGGCGUAAUCCCGCCGUCGGUUUCUAAUCUUAAAAAGAUUCAAACUUUGGAUAUUUCUCGUAAUUCACUAUCCGGGUCAUUGCCCAACACUUUGACUUCUCUCAGUCAGUUGACUCGUCUCGACUUGAGUUUCAACAAACUCACCGGACCGAUCCCGGGACUCCCGAAAAACAUCAUCCAACUCGCGCUUAAAGGGAAUUCGCUAUCUGGGUAUCUCCAGAAACAAUCGUUUCAAGGGUUGACUCAACUGGAAACAGUCGAACUCAGCGAAAACUCACUCGCCGGAACGAUUCCCGGGUGGUUCUUCCUCAUACCUUCCCUCCAGCAAGUCAAUUUAGCCAAGAACAGUUUCACCGGCGUCGAGAUCUUCAAGCCAAUCGACAGCAACCUCGUCGCCGUCGACCUUGGGUUCAACAGAAUCACCGGCUACCCGCCGACGAACUUCUCGGCGUAUCCUAUGUUAGCCUCCUUGACUUUAAGUUACAACAAACUAAGAGGAAGAAUUCCAUGGGAGUACAGUAAGAAACCGACGUUAAGCAGGCUGUUUCUCGACGGAAAUUACUUAAUUGGGUUGCCGCCAAAGGAGUUUUUCUCCGGCAAGACGUCAAUUUCCGGCAGCUUAGGGGACAAUUGUUUGAAGCUUUGUCCGGUAUCUUCGGAACUUUGCGUGAAAUCGCAGAAACCUUUGUCGAUUUGCAAGCAAGCUUAUCGUGGGAAACUGAAACCGAAGUCAUGAAAAGUCAGUUCAUGUUUUUUCGCUUAAUAUCCAUAAUUUUUUAGUUAGAAUUAAAUAAUGAUUUUAUAUUUUUUAAUAAAAUAUAUUAACUUUGUACGUAUCAUGUUCAUGGAAUCAUAUAUUUUUUUAUUUGUUUAUGUUA